GUUGUUUUUGCAAACCAGACUGGAACAAGGAUCGGCGGGUAUACCAUACACAUACGUUAGGUGGAGUGAACGACACAGGAUACCUUUUGCAAGACCCUUCCGUAAACGACCUUCUCCAAUUUCACUCCUUCUAGUUUCGAUCACCCUUUCGUUUGCGUUCUAAAGUUUUGUGCCCAGUAUUCACAUUUUUUUAAAAACGGCAAACGCACAGCGGCCUCGCUUCAAAGCACAUUUUGUGUACUUUUGCGCUGAAGUUCGGCGGCGGGGUGUGUCUACAGUUUUUGGGAGUGGGGUCAGUGCUGUGAAUCAUAGGCAGUCGCUUCACUGUAUUUUGGGUUAACCCCGGCAAGGGCUAGGAGCUAUCAGUUGAAAAGGAUUUAGUGUUGCACUGCAAUCGCGAAGAGAUGGACUUGAAAAAUAAAGUUGCGCUCGUGACCGGUGCUGCCACUGGUCUCGGCAGGGCGUUUAGUGAAGAAUUGCUAAAGCAUGGCGCAAAGGUUGUUGUGUGUGACUUGGACUCGGAUGCCGGCGAAUUGACCGUGGAGGAACUAGAAAAACAAUACGGAGAGCGGGUGCUAUUUUGUCACUGCGAUGUUACCGAUUAUGUACAGUUCGAGGAGGCGUUCGAGUAUACGGUAGGCAUGUUCAAGGAAGUUAACAUUGUGAUAAACAACGCAGAAAUCAUGAACGAUAACUUCUGGGAGCUCGAGGUCGAUGUAAACCUGAACGGGGCCAUCCGGGGCACACUGCUAGCCCAAAAGUUUAUGGACAAAAGUAAAGGCCGAGGGGGUGGUGUCCUGGUUAACAUUGGAUCCGGCGUCAGCGUAAAGCCUCAGCUUUCUACACCUAUCUAUACGGCCACUAAGCAUGCCAUCCUGGGUCUGACCAAAGCAUGUGGGGAUCCAUUCCAUUACGGCAACACCAAUGUCAGGGCGUUUGCAUAUUGUCCUGGACCAAUCGAGAACUCCUCAUCGCACAACAAACGUUUCAUGUCACCAGCGUACGAAAAAGCCAAAGAAUUGGACAUGAACGGUGUACAGCUGCAGAGAAUGGAACAUGUGGCCAAAGAAUUGAUUCCGCUGCUGAAAAAUGCCCCUACCGGUUCCAUAUGGCUCGUGUCAGGCGGCAAACCGGCCAAGGAGAUUCCUUACAGUAGCAUUUAAAACAUCAUCCUACCGCACAUUCUUCAAGCUAGCGCUUUCGACUCGUAUCACAUUAACAUGAUCUUCAAACAAGAAAAUGGCAAAUUAUAUUAUAUUAAGCAAUUUCAGUACGGAUCAACAAAACAAUCCUUAAAUGCAUCAUCCAUUCAAAUUGUACUUAAGCGGCAGGAUCGACUUAUCGGUCUCAAACUCUCUCAUAUUAGCGUAAACAUUCAGUAACAAAUAGCAAGGCAACGUGACAAAUAAUGUCCAAAGACAUCGCAAACAUUGUUGCGCAGGAUACAUUUAAAGCAAAACCUUACAACGCUUUUGAUAUGAUUACCAUACCAGACGAACAACCGAAACGAAAUGCAAUAUCAAUGUUGUAAGACAAAAUUGAUCAGAUUGUCUCGGUAAAAUUGUCGUAAAAUAAAGUAAAAUGCAUAAUUAGUAUGA